AUGUGGGUGCGGCGAAGGCGCCCCCCCUUCUCCCUGGCUCUAGAGGGCUGCACUGCAACUUCUCGGCGGCGCGUUAUUAUUAUUCAUCCGAGGGUGCAGCCUCUGCCACCUUCGCCUCCUGCGCUAGCAGCCUUCCCCCCACGGCCGCGGCCACCGGCAGUGCGCUUUCUCCCGCAAGCUCGCUCGCCAGCCGCAGAGGAGGCUUCUGGCUUUUUGAGGGAUUUUUUGGUUUUUUGGGGUGUUUUUUUUUUUGUGUUUUUCUUUUUGUGUUGUGGGUUUUUUUUGUUUUUUGUUCUGUUUUUUUUUUUUUUUUUUUUUUUUUGGUUUUUGGUUUUUGGUUUUUUAUUCUCUUCAGAACCGUCACCGCGACGCCCGGUUUUACAGUUCGAUUCUCCUGCGGCCAGGUGGGGCGGCCACCAGCGCCUGCUCGCCCCGCUCUUCCCCUCGCCCCAGCCGAGGGAGCGGUUGACUGGGGCCGCUCCCUGCCGGCGGGACGGCCUCCAGCGUCAUUCUCCCGCAUUCAUCCGCAGAGAUACCCCCCCGCCCCCGUCCCUUUUUAUUCCAGCAGAUCUGCCUCUGCUUGCAAACGGGCUGGAACACCGCGGACCGCAACCGGGUCCUUUUCCAAGGAGAAAAAAAAAAAAAAAAAAAAAAAAAAAAAAAAAAAAAAGAUGGGCAUCUUGUGCGGACUCCGGGACAAAGCGCCUCGGGCUCGGCGAGGAGGGAUGCGCGCGGCUCCGGCUCUGCGGUUGGAGAUCGGCGCUGACCUGCGGACCUCCGAGGGUUCGGACUCAGUUUUAUCCAUCUCUGUGGCGUGCUCUGAGAGGGUCGGCGGGAGCGAGAGGACUGCCGCAGGAGAGUGCCGGAAGGCUGAUUCCCACAGAUCGCGCCCGCCCGGCCAGUCUGCACCGGGACUCAACCCUCGAGGAAAAAGCUUGGAAACGAGAGGAUGCGGGAGAACAAAGAGCCUUCGGAGGACGUGGCUGUUAUCUCAUUGUCUGUGACUGGGGGAGCUGCGGUAGGAAGGGUGCGGUGGUCCUUAGCUCAUCGCGUCCCCAACCCCACACCCUCCCUGCUGUCAGUGCGCACGCAGACGCCAGCUUUUUCUUUCUCAUCCCUCGGUUUUUUCAUUCCAUCUUCUCCCCAUCCCCUCCCUUUCUUUCACCUUUCCUUCCUUCCUCCUUCCCUCCCUUCCUCCUCCCUUUUCCCUUCCUCCCAUCCUCCCUCCCUUUCUUCUUUUCAUCCUUUCUUCCGUCUUUCUUUCCUUCCUUCCUUCCUUCCUUCCUUCCUUCUUUCCUUCCUUCCUUCCUUCCUCAGGAGAAAGGCCUCUCUCUCCGUGUUCACAGCGGACCUUGAUUUAAAUGUCCAUACAAUUAAGGCACGCGGUGAAUGCCAAGAAUGGGGCUGUCUGAGCACCUUGGGUCCUCGAGGGCCCGCCACGGAAGGAUCGACCCAGCCCAACGCCCUGGGCAGACUUCAGCGCUGCAGCUGCAGGCACCACAGGAGGGGGAGCAGGCUUCUGAGUGCCUUGCAUUGCAGCCUUUAGGGUGGGGUGUGCGGCUACCGACCGAGAGAGGGGCUUGUGCGGAUGCAAAUAGAAUCUAGGAAGCGAACAACCUAUUCUGUGACAGAAACACUGAUCUAUGCAAGCCGAGUGGUGGUGGGAGUGGGAGAUAGUCUGGGAGAAGCUGCAGAGUAAAGAGUUCAGGUUAGCAUCUAGGAACCUGCUCGUUGAAGGCGGACGCCUUCCUCUCCCUCUGUUUUUGUCCCGGCUCUCAAUUUGCCCUUAAACAAAUACUAAUAAUUGGGUACCCAUGUGACUGUCAGACUACCCCGGGGCCUGGACUGCAGUUACAUUGUAUUCUGCUUAGGGUUGAUGGGGCAGUCUUUGGGGAAAGCUGUUUGUUACCCUUUGGUGGAGAUUUGUGGGCAUUCGCAAGCUUAAGCAGAUCUCUGGGUGAGAGCAAUCAGCAAAUUUGCUCAUGGACAGCGCACAGACUCCAUCAAAGCUGACAGCUAGCCCCUGGCUGCAAGGAGGGCCUCCCAGCCUCCUCCAGGCUGUGACUGGGAUUCAGGCAGAGAUCCAGAAGCUGCGGGAAAGAGAGGCGCAGUACCCUGCAUCCCCCAAAGGGAGGGCUCUUCCGUUGCUCUUAAAACCCAGACAGAAGGAAAAACAGCAUGGGUACAGGUGGGGGCCCCGAGGAAAGUCUGUUUUGAGGCAGGCUGUCCAGGGACAGAAAGGGUUAAGCCUCCCUCAUCCUGAAGCACCUGCUUCCCAAAUCAGCCCCCAGCAGCAGCUGGUCCUGGAGGCCCCCCCAACACAGUUCCAUCCCAUCUCUGUCUCAGUAUUCACCGCCAACCUGCAAUGGAUGGUUGGUGGCCUGGUGGCUGACCUAAACUCAUUAAUUUCCAGGUGGAGAAAAUGGAGGAGGGGCAGGUCCCAGCAGCAGAGGGAGGGAGGGAGAGGAAGCCAAGAGCUGGCCUUCCCACCCAGGAAGCAGGCUGUAGCCCUUCCCCCUGCUGUGGUGCCAGAGGCCUGCCUUUGCAAGGCCAAGCCCAUAAAGGAUGUUUAGGAGUUUAAUCUGAUUCCUAACGCAGUAAUCAGGGUCUAAAAGAGCAUCCGUUGAAGUUAAUGGAGGACUCUCUUCUCAAAAGCCUCAGCCUCAUCUAGCCUAGUAAAUUAGUAUACUGGGGUAUCAUGGAUCAGUACCCUCUCUGGCCUAGUUUCCUCACGAGCAUUCAUUUAUUUCUUGAUUAUCUACUCUAUGUCCGCCUUUGCGAUUAUCUUCGUUUUAAUUCCUAAUUUUCCUCACAGAAGGAAGUGGUAGAGGUAGCCUGGCCAAGGUUAAAUUCACCACAUCCCGAGUAGGCAUUCCCAGAACCUUCUCUGCUCUGCAUACAAGAGCCUCAGCCUGCUGGCUCUUGCAGAGGGAAAGCUACAGUGCGCACAACAUGAGGGCUGCAGGAGCUCUGGGCAAGCUGAGCUGCGAGGCAGAAAGAGAAAGGCUUAGCAAUAGCUGUCCUGAGAGACACCAUAGCCGUUGCCUUCAAAAAUCUACCUCCCUUGAAAUGAGGACCUGGGAUGCCCCCGUGCUUUAUGAAUAGGUUAGGAAAAAGCAGCCAGUGUGCUGUACCAUUUUGAGGGUACACCCAUUACCCCCCUCCAUGCCCAAUGAGAUUUUAUUUUGCCUUCAAGCAAUGGUCUACUCUGCUGAUGGCCCAACCCUCCUGUACCACAAAUGUCCCCAUUAGCAAUCCUCUGCUCAGUAAUUGCUUCCCCACGAUUCCUUCAAAUGUCCCCUCGUCCUUCACCAAUACUUCAUCUUACGUAACCUCCAGAUGCCUCCCCAAGUAAGGUCCUUUUAGGUAGAAACCCAAUAUGCUUUUUCUCUGAGAGUCCCAACCGCAGGCACCAUCCAUAAGGCCUGCCUGGGAUCUGAUACAGCAGAUCUAUACUGGGAGGGAUGCAUUUGUAUUUUAUUGCUUACGUAAACUCUUGUACCAGAAAGCAUUAUUAGUGUGUGGGAGUGUUCUGGGCUGGCUAAUCUGUGCAUACCAGUGUGAGUAUGUGCCCAGCAGGUCCGCGUCCCAGAAGGGGUUUAUAUGUAGGACUCUAAUGACCUCAGCCCCAGGUAUAAUUACAAGCCCCCUUUUGUUCCACCAAAUGAAAAAUCAGAGCCAAGGUCAGCCUGAGCUGCCUCCUUCCUCUACAUUUGCUGCCCUUUUCUGCCCAUCAGUAAUUAUGCAGAGACCCUGAAGCUUUCUGCUCUCUCAGGGCAUCUGGCAUCUCUUGAAUUCUCAAUAUCAUCUCCCCUGCCUGUUUGACCCUUCUAAUUACAUCUUAUGGCUAAAAUGAAAGGAAACAUGCAUGAUCUAACGGUAGGGUGAGGCUGCCAUAGUUUGAUGGCUGAGUACGCUUUCGUUUUCCCUUGGAUUUGUUCACACCUUCUACCGCCUUAGUCCCCAUGAGGUACAAGCUCCUGUAUUUCUUAAGGAACCCAGUACUUAGAAUAGAUUUAGGAAUGUACCAAAGGACUAAUUGCAAUUACUAUUUCUCUCCCCUGCCAGAGGCAGCCCAGAUCUGUCUCAGUGGAAAAGAAUCUAUUCUUUAACAGAGACAGUGGUAAAGUCUUUGAAUUUCUUCUUCUGAGGGAGGGAUACACAGGAAACUUUCAUCAGAUAACUAAUAUGUGGGGAGGGGCGUGUCCCCAACUAUCUUGGUGCACACCUAUGAAGCCAUAGAUUUUUCUCACACCAUCUCCAUCACUAAUAUGGAAGGCACUGAACCACAAAAGAAAGAGCAACCAUCCACACCAGCUCUACCAGGAAAUUUCCUCUCCCGCUGUUGAACUUAUGUAAUACCCACCCCCCAUGUCAAGCUUAGGGGGCAGCUGCAGAAUUCCUGCCUGGGACAGAUGGAGCCUCCCCUUCCUAAGCUACCCUGUGGGUGGUUUUUUUGAGCCCAUGAGUCAACAUGGGCAGACUGUAGUGUGUGUACGUGUGUGCGUGUGUGAGGCUUGGCGGGCUGAUUCACACUGAGGAUAUCAACAGCAAUGCUGUGAAUUACGGUACCUAAUAAAGAUUUUUUUUUCUUUCAA